GGUGCCGACGCACGUUUGCCUUUUCUCUCGCAGUUUACCACUGGGUCGAGAUGCGGGCGAAGAUGCGGAUCAUGGGGUUUCGGGGCGCUGCCAUCAAGCCGCUGAACGAGGAGGCGGCCGCAGAACUGGGCGCCGAACUGCUGGGCGAAGCCAUUGUCUUCGGGGUGGGGGGGCUGUGCAUCUUCCUGGAGUACUCGCGCCAGAGCAGCAACAGCAAGAAGAAGGAAGACGAGCUGAGCAGCACCCUGCUGGGCCUGCAGGCGCAGGUGAUGGAGCUCACGUUGACUGUGGAGACUCUGGACGCACAGCUGCGGGAGAUGAACAGGGUGCUGGUGGAGGUCUCCACCGCCCCCAAGAAGUAGCAGCCUGUCGCCGCUUAGAGCGGCGCGGUUCCUGGUGCGGGUCUCGCAGGCUGGUCCAGACCAGCGGGGAGAGCUGGGGGUCUUCCACACACAGGAAGGUUAGGGUUUGGGGUGCUGUGAUGGGUGCCCCAAGCUGAAUUGCUCAGCCUUUUCCUCGAGUGUAAAUACUGAUCGAUUAAAAAGAGAGAGAAAGA